AUGGGGAAGGAGCUUUGUACAAAAAACAUUAGUGGCAGCUUGGAUAAAAAAGUUCGCCAUUUAUCUCCUGCCAGAAGUAGUUUUGCAAGAUACUCUUUCAAUGCAACUCAUAUUCGCUCCUAUUUCUAUGCUGGCUACUGGUGCCAAGAUGCUGAGAUAAACCAGUUUUCAGUUGAGGCGUUAGUACCAAACUAUUUGUGCCCAUGGGCAUUGGACCUGGCUUGGUCGAAGAUAAAAAGUUUACCAGACUCGAUUGGUGGAUUGUUGCAUUUGAGGUACUUGAAUCUUUCGUAUAACGAAGAUCUGGAAGUACUUCCGAACUCAAUUGCUAAACUAUAUAAUCUACAAACCUUACAAUUGAUGGGUUGCAAGAGAUUGGAAGGGUUACCAAAACAUUUGAGCAGGCUGGUUAAGCUUCAACCUUUGAAUAUAGACGACUGCAACAAUGUAACAUAUAUGCCCAAAGGCAUGGGUAAAUUGACUUGCCUUCACACUCUCAGUAAGUUUAUAGUGGAUGGAGAAGGGAGUUGUUCAAGCUGGAAGCAAUGGUUUGAUGGGCUGGAAGAUCUCAAGGCUCUCAACAACCUAAAGGGUCGUCUGGAAAUCCAAAUCAGAUGGCCCAAACAUACUACAGAUGCUGUCAAGGAAAAUAUUAGGAGGGAAGGAUUAUACCUGAAUCAUAAGGAACAUAUCAAUCACAUUGUGGUUGAUUUCAGAUGUGCAGAGGGUGGUGGAAGAGUGGAUGAUGAGGAAGCAAGAAGAUUGAUGGAAGAGUUGCGUCCACAUCCUUAUCUUGAAAAUUUGGUUGUGAAAGCAUACCAUGGUGCGAAAAUGCCUGGUUGGGUGACCCUUCUCACAAAUCUUACAGAGCUUUUUCUUUCUGAUAUUGGGGAAUUGGAGUACCUUCCAUGUCUGGGAAACUUGGAUCAUCUGAAAGUCCUCCGACUUUGGCAUUUGGCAAAAUUGGAGUACAUUGAAGAAGAUAGCUCAUCAGCUAAUUUGAGUUGUAGGCCUGGACCGGAAAGUGCAGGACUAUCAUUAUACUUCCUCUCCCUUGAACGCCUUGAGUUGAAGCGUUUGCGUAAGUUGAAAGGAUGGAGGAGAGGGAAAAGGUUAGGAGAUGAUCACCAGCCUUUAAAAAAAAGCAGCAGCAAUAUACAAGUCCAAUUACAAUUACGUCUUCCUCAAUUGAAGUCAUUGAGAAUAGAAAGAUGCCCAUUACUGACAUUUCUUCCGCUGUGUCCGAAGACAGAAAAACUGCAUUUAGUUGUAUUUAAUGAACGACUCCGGAUAGUGCAUACUAAAAGAGAUGAGAAAUUCUGUUACGCUCCAUUACAGUCAUCGUCAUGUGAUCCUAAAAAUCCGAGGAGCACUGUUCCCAUUCCCAUGUUAAGAGAGGUAUACAUAAACAAUGUGGCAUGGCUAAAUUCGCUGCCUAUGGAGGCUUUUAGGUGUCUCGCUUAUAUGACAAUAAAAAACGACAAGGUAGAGAGUUUGGGAGAAGUUGGGGAGGUGUUUCGAAGCUGCUCAUCUUCUUUGCGAUCUUUGGGUAUCAGAGGUUGCUCCAACUUAAGAAGUGUUUCUGGAGGACUGGAGCAUCUCACUGCUUUGGAGAUUUUAGAAAUAUUUGACACGCAUAAGCUGAGUCUAUCAGAAGACAUAGAAGAUGUUGCAAAAUCCCUGCAUCACUCCCUCUGGUACGUGCAAUUGAUGAAUCUCCCUCAGCUGUUGAACCUGCCUAAUUCGAUGCAGUUCUUGGCCUCCCUCCGAUAUCUUUCAUUGGUGCGUUGCAGUAAUCUGGAAUCAGUGCCAGAUUGGAUGCCGAGACUCACUUCUCUCAAGGAGCUUAUGAUUUCAUACUGUUCCGCACAUCUGGAGAGAAUAUGCCAAAAUCCAACUGUGGCGGACUGGCCUAACAUUCAACAUAUCCCCUCCAUCGACAUCACCUCUAGCCAUCCUAAAUUAUUAGUGCUACCGUAUGAAUAG